CCUACUGGCAACACAGGACCUGAACCAGGAUGCAGCAGAAGAACCCUGGGCAAGGGCCGGAGUCUCAAGGAGGAGCCUUAGAAGGAAGUGACGGUCGUGUGCCAAGUGCAACAUGUGGGGUUGGUGGGCGUGUUAGCUUUGACCAUGUUCGAGAUAGGACGAGCAUACAACAUUUAGCUUCCGAGCCCUCUUUUGAAUUCACGGCCAACGAUGAAGGACCUCGGACGAAAUCUAUACUGUUAGGUUGCAGCGAAGUAUUCGAUGUAUUACUGCCGUGCUCAAUAUCGGUGUUAUACAGGCCAGGAUUCCUGUGAGAAUACUUCUUUUGAGGGAGAUACCCAACAACACCCCUUCCCAAUACUGGUCGCGUGCCACUCAAAUUCAUCUGCCCCAGCCGACGACGCAUCCCCUCUACAUCGUGGUUCAAUACGUUUUCUGCCCCGAGUUCGGAUAACAUCUGGUCUUCGCAAUUCGAAUGGUCGCCGGUCGGCACCUGCAUCUCCAACCCAUCCAGCGAGGUUGCCUCUUGCAGCUCUAUCCGACUCCCCAUUCGCAACAAAUCAACCACCCUCGUUAACGUCAACUCGAUCAUCUUCGAUUUCUUCGUCAAUAUCUGCUCCCAUACGUUUCCGUGAGCAAGAGUCUGUUCCAUCGAAAUGGGGACCUUUGGGAAGACGUGUUAGCAUGUUCGCAUCGCAAAAACGAAAAGGGAGGUCUCUCAAAGACGUCAAGAGCGACUGGGAUGGCUAUGUCACCCCGCAGGAUGUUGGCCUGAUUAACGGUAGGGAAACCGAGUUCAAUGAUGGUAACGAGAGGACGCCGCUCUUGGGAAGCCAAGAGGUUCAAGUUGACAACGGUGAAGAAGUUGGUAUCGACAUAAAUCGAGAGGCUGAUGCAAUAUUUGGAAGGUGGCCUGGGAGGUUAUUGAAUCGACGUGUAUGUCUCUUCUUGUUCAGAGUUGAAACGGCUGAUUUUCAAUCGUACGGCGUACCAGUGGUGGUGGUGGCAAGUUGAGCCAUUUGUAUGCUGCUGGUGGUGCGCUAAUGAUGACGCCCUGUUCAAUGAAUGAUACCCACGUUUUUGGGUAUGUUUCGUGUUCUCUUAAUCCUUCGGGGAUUAUACUGUACUAUAGAGAUUAUUAUACCACGUACUCUUAUGCUAUCCAAUGGCUAUCGUUGUUACUUCGCGUAAAUCAUACCUGUUCUUAAUCCUGACGCCAAGUCCU